GGCCCUUGCUGGCACCUUGGGUCGCAACGUUAAUCCCCAAUGGUUUAUAUAGGCAUGGUCCGUCGUCCGCCGUCCAUUCGACAACCUUCACUUGAUCACAUCAGUCAUGGCCACUAUUGGCUCUCACCCGGAUGAGUCACGCAGCUCUGCGUCUAUUGAGCCUGCGAGAGCCGAAGACGUUACCAUUCUUGUGGAUGAAGAGGCAACAGAGCGAGACUCAGCAUAUGGAGAUGAGAUCUCUGCCUACACAGCCUCACUUACAUCGUCCGUAAACACUUUCAUGAUGCAAUACGGCCGUAUCUAUCACUCGUUUCGGGAUCAUCAGGGUAACAUGUUGCCUAGCGACGAGCAGGAGUUCAAGAGGCUAGAUCUUCAUCAUGCGUUGAUGCUUUGGCUGCUGGAUAGCCACCUCCACUUUGCGCCAAUUGGUGCGCAGCCCCAGCGAGUGCUUGAUCUCGGUACUGGAACGGGCAAUUGGGCUGUCGAUUUUGCCGAUCUAUACCCCUCGGCAGAAGUCACUGGAACGGACUUGACGCCGAUACAGUCCACCUUCGUGCCUCCGAAUCUGAGGUUCAUUAUUGACGAUUUUGAGGAUGAGUGGGCAUACGAGCAGAUGCCUUUUGACUACAUUCAUGGGCGAUAUCUGGCAUCUUCUGUUAGAGACUGGCCGCGAUUAGUCCGGCAAUCUUUUCAGAACGUGAAACCUGGCGGGUGGGUCGAAUUCCAGGAUUGGGAUACAAAGAUAUAUUCAAAGGAUGGUUCGUUGACGGAAGAAACGGCCCUUUUCAAGUUCCACUACUAUACAUGUGGGCGCCGGAGUGCUGCUGGCUACGACUCUCAGCCUGGCCCCAAAAUUGAGGGCUGGCUUCAAGAUGCUGGUUUCAUCAACGUACAGGUUGUGAAAUUACCAAUUCCUCUGGGCACAUGGCCUAAGGAUCCCAAAUAUAAGCAAGUCGGGAUAUGCAAUUACCUUCAGUUCCAAGCUGGUAUGGAAGGCAUUGCAAUCGGGUGCUUGGCGAGGACUGCAGACGACCCUUGGUCGAUAGAAGAAGUGCAGGUUUUACUUGCCGAGGCGAGGCGAGACAUGAAAAAUCCCAAGAUCCAUGGGCAGUAUGAUUUUUAUGUCGUGUAUGGACAAAAGCCUCCGGUGCAAUAGUGGAU